AUGAAGGUAUCAACUACUACGCUCGCUACUGUCAUAGCAUGUACUACUGCUGUUAGUGCAGCUCCAGCUACUUAUGAAUCAUCCGUUCAAAAAAGAGCUGAUACUGAUCAAUUAGCCGAAGCCUUAAGAGAGCUUCAAUCUUUCAAUGAAAAGAGAGAUACUCUUAGUACUCACUUAGAGAAAAGAGAAUAUGAGAUAGUCACAAAAGUCUUAGCUUCUUUGAACGAUACUGGAAUGGCUCCAAAGGUUAUCCAUUACCUUGCUACAAAUGAAAAAUUGCAACCGAUUGUCGUCAAGACAUUAGUCGCUGUCAUCAAGGCCGGUGCUAUGAACUUAACGGGUAUAUUUAAGGCUUUAGAUGAGUCAAACUUAGUAACUAAGGUUGUUAACGAUCUUAUUUCCGAUUGUCAAUUAUAUGUUUCGUUAUUUGACGUUGCCAAAAAGAUUAUUGCCAAUUUGGAAAAGAAGGUCGAAUCUUUAGUUAAACAAGGUAUCUCCAAGUUAAGUCAAAGAGAUUUAGAAGUUAUACAACAUCAAAAAAGAUCUUCCUCGCAAUUACAAUCAUCUGCUGAAGAAUUUGAUAAGAGAGACCUUAAUGACGUUGUUGUUAAUUUAUUAGAUUCCUUAGGAGAAUCCGGUUUAGCAAGUUCUGUUGUUAAAUCUAUUGCCACUGAUCCAAGUUACCUUCCAUUCGCUGUUGAUUUAGUCAAGGAAGUUAUGGCUAGCGGUGCUUUGUCAUUGUCACAACUUAUCAGUGCUGUUAAGGAUUCUAACUUAGUUGGUAACUUAUUAGAACAAAUCUUGACUGUUGAUACCUUCAAGACUGUUGCUACCAAUGCAUUUGCCGCUUUCUUUGGUGACUGUCCUGGGGCGACUUCCGUUAUUUCUGCUGAUGGUGCUGCUUCCACCAGUUCUUCAGGUGGUUCCGGCUCUGGUUCCGGUUCUGGUUCCGGCGCUGAUUCCGGCUCUACCUCCGGAAAGGGUACAACUGUUAACCCAUGUAAGAAGAAGAGAAGAAGAAGAUCCUACAAUUAUUAA